UUGUUGUUUUACGAUGCCUGAAUUAAUCACAGGCGUUUUGGGAUUUGCCUUACGUAUAACAUCGAAGAAAGCCCGCUCUUAUGUCGCCAAGAAACUUAAGCAUGGAGGAUUGACGGCCCAAAAGUUUCGAGGUUUGAUUAUUAGUAAAUUGGACAAAAUUAAUUCGACACUUGAUGAUAUGAAGAAACUGAAUCUUCGCAUGAGCAUUAGUCGCUUUAAGCUAGGUAUGGACCAUUUGUAUCCGUCCUUUGACAAGACUUCUGAAGGUGGAAACAUAUCGACGGCAGAUUUAGCAAGUGGAAAGCCAUUUCAAGAAAUAACCGCUCAACAUCUAGAGUCGAAGAUCGAGAGAUUUCCCGAGUUGGCAAAAGAAUGCUUCGAGGCCGCUGAGAAGUAUGCGAGUAAAGCAUUUCAAAGCGCAUCAUUGAGUAUCGAAGAAAGAAUUUUAGCGAGUGAAUUACGGAUCGCAAGCGAAAUGUUAGCACGCGAAGGCAAGCCGGAAGAUGCGGCGAAAGGCUGUUUGCGUUCCCUGCAGGAACUACAUGAAAUGCCUGAGAUAGAAGCAGUGGUUUCUGUGUACCUCAAAGGAGGAGUGAAAGCUUUUUUCAAGAAGGAUACUCGAGCGGAAGUUGUGAAAGCCCUGAAGAUGAUCAAUUUGAUAUUGGCUGAUUUUAUCUCAAAGAAUGCAAACGCAAAGAAAAGUAUGUCUGUUUUCGAUUGGCCGAUGAUAAAGUGUGGCAGCAAGCAAUUCGUCUCUUUCAUAUCACUUUAUUGUGAUGACGAAUCCUCAUUAAAUCCGGAGGAGAUGAAAACCACACUACCCUGGGACAUUUCACCUGAAACGUUAAUCUUUCUGGAUUUCCCUGCUGUCAAGUUUAUGAUUUCCCAGUUGGCUGCCUUGUCCAAGAAUGGUGACCUCGUUUGCUUUUCCGAAAGCAGUCCAUGUUGUCCUCAAAAGCUCGAUAAGACAACCGGUGAAAUGAAGCCAUACCGUUCUUCUUCAUUGGAAGAUAAAACUAUACUUCCUUUUGGCGUCGUUGUCGAUGAAGACGAUCAAGUGCAUCUUGUGUCAUUUGACGGAACCUUGUCAGUGUUCAGUGAAGAUGGGAGAAAUAUUCAUCAGCGUGCGUUAACCUUUCUGAAGCCUGAGGACAUCGAGUCCUUAAAAUCUGCGGCAAUUACUGUUACCAAGGAUAAAAGUAUUGUCAUUGCUUGCGGACAUUGGCAGAGUAGUCUGAAGAGUAUCGUGGUAUAUAUAUGUAACAAAGAUGGAGAAGUCACAAAGUUUAACACAGGUUUGAGUAGUUACACCUAUAAAGUAAAAUCAUUGACUGUUAAUUGCGAUAAUGAGGUCAUAAUUGUAACAUAUAAGUGGCCAGAUCUAUUAUUUGUGCUUUACGUCUUCACAGAAAAAGGAGAGCUACGGAAAUCUGUGAAAGUUCGUCAUAGUAAAAAUGAUUUUUUCAAUAACGAUGUCUUUUACGAUGAUGUUUCCAAGACUAUUAUUGGCUACGCAUGGUCUAAUGAUGGCAAGGUGUUGAUCGAGUAUUGGUCUGGGGAAACAGGCAAACUUCUAUAUUCAUAUUUAUUACUUCUUACAACUGUACCAGACGAUUUAAUAAGGUUUCAUCUUGUCUGCAACAAAGAUGGCGGACUUGUUUUGGUUGGCCCGAGGCAUGUCAUUUUUGUUAAACAUUCUUCGUGAGCCAAUUCUUUCAGAACGGUUUACAUAUUCCAUUUCUAAAAUCGAUGCCGGGUCUGAUUCAAGGGAAACUAUUGAUAUAAAUGUCAGUUUAACUUGUAAUGAAUAUAAGUUGUAAUUAAUGGUGGCUGAUCGUUAUUUAAAUGUUGCAUGUAUU